AUGGCUGCAGCCACGCAGGUCCAGGAUAUCAUCCUGGGAAAAGAGCAAGUGAUAAAUGACGUUCCCAAAGUGAUCAAGGAACUUCAAUUUGGCGUCUUUUCUGAUCAAGACAUCAUCAAUCAGUCCGCCGUUGAACUCGUCGACCGCCGCUUAUUCGAUCUUGACAAGACACGUUCAGAUGGAACACGUGCUAUCGCUGAAUAUGGGCCCCUUGAUAGGCGCAUGGGAGUGUCGUCUAAGCAGAAUACCUGCGAGACUUGCGGAAAACAUCUACAAGAAUGUAACGGACACUUUGGACAUGUCCGACUGGUCCUCCCGGUUUAUCAUGUCGGAUAUUUCAGAAAAGUCAUCCAGAUUUUACAGAGCAUUUGCAAGGCAGGCAUUGACUGUUCCUGCAUUCUCCUCUCCGAAGUCGACCGCCGAAAAUUCCUGAACGCGAUCCGCAAAUCACAGAAUGAUAGUCUGAAACAGACUGCUAUUGUCAGACGGGUUGCGGACCAAUGUAAAAAAACAAAGGUUUGCUUCGAGUGCGGAGCUGUCAAUGGCUUGGUUCGGAAAGCUACGACGAAUUCCCUCAAGAUAACUCACGACAAGUUCAGGUCUUAUAACGCCUCUACUUCGGCCAAAAAGGUUCCGCCGCCCGAGAAGGUAGCAUUUGACAAAUCCUUCGAGAGUGCAAAACUUGCAAAUUCCGAACUCGAGAAGCAUCUCAAGAAGGCAAUGGACGACCUAACCCCUCUUCGAGCUUUCCGGUUGUUCCAACGAAUCCGCCGCUCCGAUCGUGAAUUGCUCGGACUCUUCUCCGCGAGACCGGAAUCUUUCCUUUGGACAUAUGUCCCUGCUCCUCCUGCGUGUAUCCGACCAUCGGUAGGACAAGAGGCUUCAAGCACAGAAGAUGAUAUUACCGCGAAGCUAGGAGACAUCGUUGCUGCGAAUGAUGCAUUACGCGAAACCCUGGAGAAGGGGUUGCCCACCGUACAAAUCAUUGAGCAUUGGGAUUAUUUGUCUUUGCAGCUGGCAAUGUACAUCAAUAGUGACGUCCCUGGUCUUUCAAAAAGUGACUCUGGCAAGCAGAUCAGAGGGUUCGUCCAACGUCUUAAAGGAAAGCAAGGACGCUUUCGAGGCAACCUUUCUGGCAAACGUGUCGAUUUCUCUGCACGGACUGUCAUUUCCCCUGACCCAAAUCUGCGCAUUGAUGAGGUCGCAGUCCCUGUAUUGGUGGCAAAGAACAUGACCUACCCGGAAGUGGUCAAUGAGCUCAAUAUUGACAAACUACGACAACGAGUGCGCAAUGGGCCUGAUGUCUGGCCGGGAGCCAACCAUGUGAUUAAGAAGGAAGGAUUUAAAAAUUCCCUGAAGUUCGGCAAUCAUCUCACAGCCAGUCAUUUGAAAGAAGGCGAUAUCGUUGAACGCCAUCUCGAAGACGGAGAUGUGGUCCUAUUCAACCGCCAGCCGUCACUGCACAAACUCAGCAUCCUUAGCCAUUUCGUCAAAGUUCGACCCCAUCGGACGUUUCGGUUGAACGAAUGUGUCUGCAACCCUUACAAUGCCGAUUUUGAUGGGGAUGAAAUGAAUCUCCACGUCCCUCAGACUGAAGAAGCUCGGACGGAAGCAAUGCUUUUGAUGGGUGUCAAGCACAACAUCGUAACCCCUAAAAACGGCGAACCGAUUAUUUCGGCAAUCCAAGACUUCAUCACGGCGUCGUUCCUCCUGAGCAGCCUGGACCAAUUCUUCGAUAAAAAAACCUUUGUGACAAUGUGUUGCGGGAUGCUGGAACCUGAAACAAAGUUCGACCUUCCUCCACCUGCAAUCAUUAAGCCACAGACACUCUGGACAGGCAAGCAGGUUUUCAGUGUCUUGAUGCGACCAAACAAGGAGUCGCAUGUGAGGGUCAAUCUUGAUGCCGCUUGCCGAGAUCACAACCAAUACCACCCAGGCCUACACCGAGACCUUCAAGAUGACAGUUUCUUAUGUGUCCGCAACUCAGAAGUGCUUUGUGGCAGGAUGGACAAGUCAACGGUUGGAUCAGGAAAGAAAAACUCGAUCUUCUACAUUCUCUAUCGUGACUUCGGACCGGACGCCGCCGCCCAGGGGAUGAAUCGUUUGUCUAAACUCUGCGCGAGGUGGCUGGGCAAUCAAGGUUUCACUGUUGGCAUCAGUGAUGUAACUCCGCCCGAAAAACUCGUCAAGGAAAAGGCCGAUAUGAUAGCCAAAGUAUUCGACGAGUGUAGCUCUUUUGUCCGCGAUUCAAAGGCAGGCAAGCUGAAACGAAAGGCGGGUUUGGACAACGCAGGCACUCUCGAGGCCGAGCAGAUCCGGGUGUUGAGUACGGUUCGAACCAACAUUGCCGGGAUUUUGACCUCUCAGCUCAGCAAAAACAACACUCCAAUGGUCAUGGCAGUUUCGGGAUCCAAAGGCUCAAAUAUCAAUGUCGCUCAAAUGGCGGCUCUGCUAGGACAACAAGAUAUUGAAGGAAAGCGUGUUGCCGAUGGUUUUCAGGACCGUACCUUACCGCAUUUCCUGAAGCAUGAACGAUCACCUCCCUCAAAAGGCUUUGUUUCGAAUAGCUUCUUCAGCGGGCUACUACCUUACGAAUUCUUGUUCCACGCUGUGGGUGGUCGAGUUGGCCUUGUGGACACUGCAGUCAAGACAGCAGAGACUGGUUACAUGUCGAGACGACUGAUGAAGUCUCUCGAAGAUCUUUCUACUCACUAUGAUCGCACAGUCCGCAACUCGGCUUCCAACAUCGUACAGUUUCGCUUCGGAGACGAUGACCUCGAUCCCGUCGACAUGGAGGCAAGUGCGAAACCAGUUGAUUUUGAACGCACCUAUGCUCAUGUUGAGGCGACCACAUUCAAUAUGAAGGACCAUGGUCUGAGAGAUACCGAGAUUUUUGGUGUCAUGGAAGAAACUCUCUCGGCAAAGAGACGUCUGUUGACAAGACUCGGGCUCAAUGGUGUUGAACAUCGCUAUGAUACUGAGGACGACAGAUUAGUCGACCAGCACGAAAGUAAUCGAGCAUUUUUACAGUCGAUACAUGAUUUCGUCAUGGCAAAAUCCCAGGCUUUCAACGAAGCAAGGGCGAAGAAGAAACAGUUUGCUUUACCACCCUCUGCAACAGGUUCUAAAGGGAAACGAAAAGCUGCGGCUGGGCCGGACGAGGUGGGUGACGAAGAACCUGCGCCGAAACGACGUUCAGGCAAAAAAGGCGCCAAUCCUACCGCAUUGAAAGUUUCGAACAACCAAAAGCUCAUUUCAACAGACGAGCAUACGCUGACCAAACCGCCUCCAUCUACAAAAGAUCGUUUUGAGCUCACGUCUAAGCUUUCUAAAAAGACAUUGCAAGCCUUUGUCAAUCUCUGCUUGGAGAAAUAUGAGCGAGCUCGCGUGGAGCCUGGGCAUGCGGUCGGGGCUGUCGGGGCACAGUCCAUAGGAGAACCGGGAACCCAAAUGACGCUGAAGACCUUUCACUUUGCUGGUGUUGCUGGUAUGAGUUUGACCGCAGGUGUUCCUCGAAUCAAGGAAAUCAUCAACGCCUCGAGGGAGAUCAGUACGCCAGUCAUCACUUGCCGACUGGAGCGCAGGAGAGAUCUAUCAAUACCUGAAGGUCUUGCUCGUAUCGUCAAAGGCCGAAUUGAAAGCCUGUUUCUUGCAGACGUUACUUCCUGGAUUGAAAUACGCCACUCUUUGGAUAAACCAAGCUGCAUCUACCUCCAGAUUUCAAUGGAUACGAUUACCGAGCUCGGUUUAGAUCUCACAAUGGAGGAUAUCAUAGUUGCCAUCCAGAAACACCGACAACUCAAAUCUGCCAAGCUGAGGAUCCGGAUUUCCAAGAAAGAUGAGCUCAGAAUCUCUACGGACUUCGCGAUCAAGUCUGCCAAGAGAGGAUUAGCGGCAAAGGUUGAUGAAGAAGGUCAGAGUGAACGGCUUAUUCGCCUUCAGACUCUCCGUCGCAUACUGCCGCAUGUACAUGUUCUCGGCCAUCCCCAAGCAACCAGGGCAGUGGUCAUGGCGGAAGACGACCCACGAUCAGAUGAAAUCAAGGCUAUGCGGAGAGUCCUAGCGGAACAGGAGAUGAAGACCGAGCAGCCACAAUCAAGUACGGACGCGGAGGUCAAAGAUGAGGCCUCGAGCGAAAAAGCCACGGCUCCCUCCAAAGUUAAAGUCGAAGAGCCGACAGCUUCCAUCCCCCCCAGUUCCGUCCCUCAAAAAGACGCCGCUCCUGUCCAAAUGCACAAAGUCAUGGUCGAAGGCUACGGCCUUCGCUACUGUAUGAACACCGAAGGCGUCGAUCCCUACCAUACCGAAACAAACUCCGUAAUGGAAACCCUCCAGGUCCUCGGGAUCGAAGCCGCUCGCUCCAAAAUCAUCACUGAGAUCCAGGAAGUCACGAAAGGUUUGUCAAUCGAUCCGCGUCACAUGUACCUGUUGGCCGAUGUGAUGACAUACAAAGGCGAGGUGUUGGGCAUCACGCGCUUCGGGUUAGCAAAAAUGCGUGACUCCGUGCUACAGUUGGCCAGUUUCGAAAAGACGGCAGAUCAUGUCUUCGAUGCCGGUGCCGCGGGCAAGGUGGACCGGAUCGAGGGCGUCAGCGAGAGUGUGAUUGUGGGCAAAACCAUGGGCGUGGGCACCGGCAGUGUCGAGGUGGUGAGGUAUUUGAAUCUAAGUAGUGCCGACACCGGGGGCAAGACGGGAGGAGCGUUGGAAAAGAGAGUGUGUAUUUUUGAGGAGAGUUGGGAGAGGGCGGUCAGGAAAGAGAAGAAGAGAAAGUGA